AUGUCGGGAUAUGCCAAAUUCAUGAACAAAUUGGUUACAAAGAAAAGGAGCUUGGACUAUGAAACAAUUGAGCUGCCCCAUAGUUGCAGUGCAAUUAUGACAAGUGAUUCAAUCCCUAAGAGAGAAGAUCGUGGGGCAUUCACAAUCCUGUGCACAAUUGGCAUGCUCCAAUUCGCUAAAGCCUUAUGCGAUUUCGGAGCAAGCAUCAACUUGAUGUACUAUGCAAUAUACAAGCAACUUUAUUGUGAGAUCGAUGCUGAAAUUCCCAUUAUUUUGGGUAGGCCAUUCAUAGCUACCAGGAGAGCAUUUGUGGAUGUUGAAAGCGGGAAAUUGAAGUUUCGUGUGAACGAUAGCGAAGUGACCUUCAAUAUCUAUAAAUCCAUAAAGCAACCAAGUAAUAUCCACGUGGUGUCUACUGAGGAUGUGAUAGAUGAGGCAGUGGCAAGUGGUUACGAGCAAGUGGUAGCUGCUUUAUCAGGAUUAAGAGCAUAUUUAAGGAAUCUAAUCAAGUUGGAUAUCGACCUGAAAAACAAAGAAAGUCCCCCUGCAAAGCCAUCAACAGAAGAACCACCAAAUAUGGAGUUAAAAGCCCUACCCUCUCACCUUAAAUAUGCCUUCUUAGGAGCCAAUAAUACUUUACCAGUAAUUAUCGCCGCCAAUCUGCUUGAAAGGCAGGUGAAAUUGCUCAUUGAAGUACCGCGGAAGCAUAUAAAAGCUAUUGGAUGA